AAUCAACUCAAGCCAAUCACACAACAAAGUCACAAGAUUUUCGGUUUGUGCUGAUGCGAUGGUUUAUGCUGAGUCGCUUGAAUAAAUAAACGAAAGUGAUGGCCCGAUUACGGUGACGAAUUUCAUAGUUUUGACAGUAAACAAAACAUCUGAAUGAUGAUAAUGAGAGAGAGAAAAAAAAGUCUUCGGGGUCCAAACAUAAAAAAGCUUUUAUUGAUUAUGCGCUGCAUCCGACGCGUCCCUAUUGGAAAAAAAUCGGUUUUUCGUUUUGCUUUAUACACCCAGCUGUUGUACUGCUGUGGAAUUUGAAACUCGAUUUUUUUAUAUUUUAUUUCAUCAUUCAUCUGACUUUGUCAAUUUUUUUUCUUUCCAAGCGUUUUUUUAGAUUUGAUAGUGCAACGCAUAUUUUUCAUGAACAAAAAUAUUUUUCGGCAACGAAUUCCAAACAAAUAUUCACAUUUGUUCAGCCUAUUGUCUAAUGUUUUGAUUGAAAUGUCAUAAGUCAGUCUAUUUGCGCUAACUUUGACAGUUCAUCACACAAUAUUCAUUGCAAACAAUUGAUUCGACGGUUGUUUGUUCCGCCGGACAUUGUGCAAAUCGCCCGAUUUGGGUUUGAUCCUUGGUUUUAAGUAAAUUUUGAACAGGUUUUAGUGGAAUUAGUGCAAAAUGUCGUCCAGCCACAACAUUCGGCAGAUGAUUAUCGAUGAAAAUAUUCCGAUGCUUGUGAAAUCAUUGACUGGAUUCAAUGAAAAAGAUGAGAAUUUUAAGCUGUGUGAAUCAUAUGCGUUUUCACGUGUUGCAAGCCAUCGAUUUUUAUCGGUUAACAGUCAUGAGGUGCGCCGUCGAAUUGAUGGCAUCGCCGAGAGAUUUAUGGCCGACAAUUACACGCAAUAUGGCGAGAAAUUGAAAGAAUUGGCACAGGAAAUUGUAACGGAUCCACUUUGCACCAGUCACUACGAGUAUGAUAUUCAAUGGAGCCUGCUACAUUUUUUACUGGGAGUAUCAAAAAACCCAGUGGCUGCUCUGUCUGAAGACAAAAAUAGCAUUCGUAUUGAUGACUCGGGACAUGGUGAAGAUAUUCGGCCGGAUCGAAGAAAAUCGUCAGCCAUGCACGAUCUUGUGAGUUCAUUGAUUAAGCACAAUAUUCCAACGGAAAAAGCCAAGUUUCGAAAUGCUGGUGACGAAUCGGAUUUGAGUGAUUGGUCAGAUGAAGACGACGAGGGUGCUGUUGGUGAUACCAGUGUCAGUCCAAACACGAGUAAUGAUUCCUUACGAACGGACGUGCGACCGUUGCGUUUAAAACUAAUCCCAUUUGGCUCGUCCAUUUUGCGGCCUCCCGAGAAGAAGUCAAUUUUCACGGAUUUCGACACCUCGAAAGUGAUGGCCUGGAGGGAAAAGAAUGUUCAACGUGCAUGGUGGUUGGCUCAAACUCCCCACGAUGGAACAGCGGUGAUAUCGGAAUGGUGUUUGCAGCGUGAGAUAAUUUGGAUGCUUCAAAUGCAACCACUUGAUGAAAUCGAAUCGGAACGACUCAAGAAAUUCUCGAAAUUUUUCACUCUCGACACAACUACCGAUGAAUUUAUUGUCAAUACAAAUGCCACACUGAGCAGUACAAUGGCCGAAAGUCUUCAGCCAAUUUUAACCGAAUUUGCUUUGAUUGCCACCAAAUUAUAUCGAUUCCGAAAGUUUUUCAAAACAGUUUUCGAACCACCCGUUGUGAAUAGCUUCUUGGAAUCCGUUCAGAUUGCACCCCAUUCGAUACAAAACUAUGCCAAUGGCCUGAAGGAUUUUCUACGCGUGGUAAAUAAAGUCAUCAUCGAUUUGGAGAUUGAAAUUAUCAAACAGGAUCUCACACAAACACACACCAUCAUUUUUCUUUACAAUCAACUGUUGAUGCACUUUCAACGGGUUCACACUUUGUACGACAUCCACACAAAGGUUUAUAUCGAUUUUAAGACCAAUGAAGGUCAUGUUUGUGUUGCCUACUUAUUUGCUGGUUUAAUUCAUGAAAUGGACACAACGGUUGGACUUGAGCGGAUAAAUAUUGCAGCCAGUUUACUUCUUGUUAGCAUUCGAUUCUAUUUGCAUGUCUUUAGUCGCUGGUGGGUUGAAGGACAGUUCAAAGAUUGGUGCAGCGAGUUUUUGAUUGAAAAAUGUACGAAACCAAAUCGAAUCUCUAACACAUCAUCAAAUCCAUAUAAGCGUCGUUCGAUAUCGGCGGGUAUAUCGCGUUCUUUGGACGCUGCAAGCAUAAAAUCACGUAUCGGCGCCUGUGAAAUUGUCAAUUUAUUCCGUGCCGAGUCAUUGGAAGCGGGCUACAUAUUGAAUAUUUUAUACAAUUUGGACAAAUUGACGGAACUGAAGGGGCAACAGUCAAACGAUGAAUCUCAGGAUAUUGAAGAAGUGUUUAUGAACAGUUUUUGGGAGGAGGUCAACAAGUUUCAUGUUGAAGAAUCUGAUGAAAAUGACGAGGAUGGUGCUCAAGAUGAAAAUUCAAGACGAGAAACACACUCAUUGGCAAAUACAUCGAGUCUCAGCCUUGAUCUUAGCCACAGUAAUGAGAAAGAGGACACAAGUUUAUUGUCCAAUGAUCUAAUGGGAGAGAUGGAUGCACUACUGUCAAUGGCUUUCGAACAAUAUGCCAUAGAUACGACACAUCAAAUAGACACUGUGGUGGAUAUCGAUGAAGAAUCAUUUAAUUGUCACAAAUUAUUUGAAAGAAUAUGCCAAAUAACCGAUUUUCCCUUACCAUUGAGCACCGUCAUUCACGACUGUUUGAAGAAAAUCCUCAAGUCACGAAUUUCAACUGCCAAUAAAUAUGUGCUACGCAUCUUUAUGGACGAAUAUAAAGUUCUCGAUCAUCUGAUCAAUUUGCAACGGGUGUUCUUCUUUGGAGCCGGAGAUUUGAUGCUCACAUUCUACUCGAAGUUGUUCAAAAGUAUGAACGCUGGCGAAGAUUGGAACAAUUCCUACCUGCUCACCGUGCAGCUCGAUGAUGUGCUUAGCACGCGAUACCCCGCCAUGCAUUCCAUGUUCAGUGUCCAAAUAAUGGCAACCGAUAGCCAUAUAAAAGAGACGCUAGGUGCCAUAGCUGACAUAACAAUCAAUUACUCGGUGCGAGACUCGGUGUGUGAUGUGAUUCACGAUCGUGCGUUGACAAAGUACAAUGAAAUAUUCCGUUUUCUUCUGCAAAUCAAAUGGGCCAUUUGGACAUUGGAAACGCUACAAUUUCCGAUAAAAUUCAAAAAGCGUCCACCAUAUCAGGAGCUAACAUUGAUCGACCUCAUAUUCAAGCGUUUAGCUUUAGUUCGCAAUUGGAUCAUUUACUCGGUGCAAUGUAUUCAUUCGCAUCUCAUGACGUUUGUCAUCCAAUCGAUGGGUCAGCAACUGGUGAAAAGAAUGGCAAAAGCCGAAUGUUUGCGUGAGAUAAUCGAAUUGCAUGACUCUUACAUUGAUACCAUCUAUCGAAAUUGCUUUCGCAAAACCAGUGACAUCCCCAUGAAAACUGGCAUCGAACAACUCAUGAGCUUGGUUGCGGUGUUGCGAGAUGAAUGGAAUAACCUACAUAAUGUCGACUCACAUGGUGACUUUAUUGAUGGCGAAAACCAAUUUGAUGUCAGCGCUACGGUUCAACAAGUCGAUAUCAUUGAAGCCACUUACAUUAACUGCCAUUGUCAUAUUGCUGAGGUUCUGACCAGAGAGGUUUAUAAGAAGGAUCAAACAACAUUGGCAUCACUUUCUGCAGCGUUCAAUUGCAGCUGUCCAUAUUAAAGCAAAUUGCCGUUAAUACUCACCUAUUUUUGUAUAUCAAACUAGUUUAUGCCAGUACGUCACGUUUUUGUUGCACGGUUUGAUUAAUAAAACGAAUUUAAUUCACGUUUGGAUGAA